AUUGAAUGUUAAUUUUUUCGUGUUUUACACAGAAAAGAUUAGUUUCUUUAGGCGCUUAUUUGAAAAGAAUGGGUCGAAAAAACAGGAACGUCAAUAAAUUCGCUCAGCGAAAGCGGGAACGCCGAGAAGCGGAAAAAAAUCCCCAAGAGAAACCUGCAGGUGAUGUUCGCAAAAAUUAUGAAGAAAUUGUUAGAGAAAAUGCUGUGUUUGAGGAGUAUUACAAGGCCCAAAAAGUCUGCCCUGAAGAAGAAUGGAGUCCUUUCAUGUCAUCACUGAAACAAAACCUGCCUACCGCGUUCCGCAUCACAGGUUCAAAGUGCGAGGCAAAUGCCCUGAUGAAUAUUGUCAAAAGUGAAUACUUUAGCCAGAUAUUGAAUAUGAAAAUAAAUGUUGGUAACGAGGAAGAGGAGAUCAAGCCUAUUAAUUUGCCAUGGUACCCUGGUGGUUUAGCAUGGCAACUACGCCUCUCCCGCACCGAUAUUCGUCGCAGUGAGCCUCUGUACAAGCUUCACAAUUUCCUCGUAGCCGAGACAGCAGCCGGUGGCGUGUCACGGCAAGAGGCCGUGUCCAUGAUACCGCCUGUUGUUUUGGAUGUCAAACCACAUCAUAAGGUGCUAGAUAUGUGUGCGGCGCCUGGCUCCAAAACAGCUCAACUAAUCGAGUUUCUGCAUGCCGACGAGGAUAAAAUGCCGACAGGUUUCGUGAUUGCGAACGACGUGGACAACAGCCGCUGUUAUAUGCUGGUCCACCAAGCCAAGAGGCUCAACUCCCCAUGCAUCCUCAUCACCAAUCACGACUCUGCCGUCAUGCCUUCUUUGGUCAUGACCGAUGAACAGAACCCAGACUCAACGAAACCAGUAAAAUUCGAUCGAAUCCUGUGCGACGUACCGUGCUCAGGCGAUGCCACACUUCGAAAGAACCCGGACAUCUGGCUUAAGUGGUCUACGGGCAAUGGGAAUAACUUGCAUGGCAUCCAAUACCGCGUCUUGAAACGCGGCUGCGAACUCCUCUCCAUCGGAGGCAAACUUGUAUACUCCACGUGUUCAUUUAACCCGAUCGAGAACGAAGCUGUCAUACACAGAAUACUGCAAGAGACAGGAGAUAGUAUCGAGUUGGUAGAUGUCACUGAUAUGCUGCCGGGACUUAAAUUUAUUAAGGGUAUGACGUAUUGGCGCCCGGCUUCCAAAGAUAUGGUGUUCUACGAGAAGUACGAAGACGUACCGGAGAAAUGGCAGACAGUGGUGCGACCACAAAUGUUUCCACCGUCGCCUGAUGAUGUCGAUAAAUACCAUUUGGAUAGAUGCGUCCGUAUCCUACCACACCACCAAGACACAGGUGGUUUCUUCGUAGCUGUCUUCCAGAAAACCAAGCCGCUUCCUUGGGAGAAAACUGAGUCCUCGUCCCCGUCAGAAAGUCAAGAAAACACGUCAAAAGAAUCCGAGGACCGCAAAGAACCGGCGAAGAAGAAACGCAGAAUGGGCGGCUACCGGGAAGAUCCGUUCGUCUUCUUUAAAGGCGACGAUGAAGAUGUGUUUCCGUCGAUUAAGGAGUACUACGGACUUAAAGCGGAUUUUGACUCGACUUGCUUAUUGACCAGGUGCCACGUGGGCAAAAAGAAGAACAUCUAUUUAGUGUCGCCGGUGGUCCGCGACAUAGUACGUCACAACGAACAAAGCAUCAAAAUUAUCAACACAGGCGUGAAGACUUUCGUGCGGUGCGAUAACAAGAACAUGACUUGCCCGUUUAGACUAUCUCAAGAAGGUCUACAAAGCAUAACCCCGUUCAUAGGCGAGUCGCGGCGCGUGCGCAUCCUCAAAGAAGAUUUGAUACUAGUUCUACAAAAUGACAACCCUUCAAAUCCGCCAGAUUUGAAAUUGUUUAGUGAACACACUAGGAACUUGGUCAAAGAUUUUGCCACCGGUAGCUGUAUCCUGGAAUACAAAGACACGGACUCCGACCUGGAACUGACGCUGGUCGGCUGGAGAGGCGUACAUUCUCUACGCGCUUACACAGCCACUCCCGACACUGUACAUUACUUGAGGUUGUUAGGCGCCGACUAUAGCAAAUACGAUGUCAACAAAUUCAAGAAAGCAUCAGACGUAGAUGGCGACGGCACAGAACCUACUGAAUCAUCCGAAGCUAGUGAAGCUAUAGAAGCUAGUGACACUAACGAAGCCACUACAACUAACGAAGUUAGUGAAGCUAUUGAAACCAGUGACACAUUAAUAAAUGAAAAUGGUAAUGCUCCAAAUACGAGUAACACUUAGUAUCUAUUAUUGAUAUAAGUAAAUAAUUUUAAAUAAUAU